AUGGUGUAUUGUUUCGGAUGUAGAAGGUAUCCAACCUUUGCAAAUCGACAAAUUUUUUUGUACAUUGGCUGUGGAUCAGGUGGAAGGUAUUGCAGAGAUUCUCUUGUUCAUCAUAACACGUCAAAGGAACAUUAUUGUUGCUCACUACAAUUUGAAAAAGAUUAUUCAAAUCCUCAGUACAUGGAACCAAUUAAGGCAGCUGUUCAAAGAAAUGUGCUUCAAAUAAGUGAAAAGUUUUUUUCUGCACUUCAGUGCCUGCUCAACACGUCCUUUUUUGUAGCACACGAAGAACUGGCCUUGAGAAGAUUUGCAAGCCUGUGUGAGUUACAGAAGAAGAAUGGUGUUCAAUUUGGGGACCAGUACAAGAAUGAUAAAGGAUGCAAAACAUUUAUUAGCCACAUAGCCCAAGUAGAGAAAAGGUAUUUUCUAUAGGAGUUUAUUACGGAAAGUCAGUGUUCACACUUUGUUUUUCUAUCUCACCUUUGUGUGCAUUACUGUUACGUAAUACCUGUCAAGUAUGCAUGAUUUCUGUACCACAUGGGAGUAAGGUGUCAUAGCAUGUACUGCUAUAUAGUCCAGUGGCCGUAUGCUUAUUUCACUUCUCGCGUCACCAAUAUAGCUUUGCUGUAUUCUGCUUUCGUCCAGUUCGUUUUUUGUAAGCUAUGCCUGGAAGGGGACCGGACGAUCUUCACGAAGAACCAGAUAUUCCCACCAAUCCGCCAACAGAUCCUCCCACAUCGCAAGGGAUUGAUGAAGUGUUCUCUCUCUUCAAGACAUAUCUUGAAAAUCGUUUGGAACAGAAGGGCAAAGAGCUCGAAGAAAAACAAAAAAACGAUUUGCAGGCAGAGAAGUUCAAAUUCAAAAGUAACCAAAAGCAGUUCGUAUUCAACGCCGAGCUUGAAGAAUUAGUAGGAAAAAUCAAAGAAGCAAACGCCCAGAAGGAUCACAAGAAGGUGGCUCACUUAACGGAUCAAGCCAAAGCUCUGUUGUAAGACAGAAGCUUAUCAAACUCGCAGACUUGAGUGAAGCCGGCUGGGAUGCAGUUCAAGAAUACGAAUCCCAAGAUAUCGCCUCGGACGAUGAGGACGACAAGAAAAUUCGCAAUGCUAGAGCCGCAGCUAAUAGGAAAAGGAAACAGAAAGAAAGAGAACGACAGCAGCAGAGCAAUAAGAAGCGUUGUACAACUCCCAACCUGGGCACGCAGGAUCAUCAUCUUUUUCGUGGUAUUUGUAUCGCUAUUGUUUUUACUUUAUAUUCUUCCUGUUAUUCACUCAGGUGCUUUGUUAUUUUCUCGUGUUAUAUAUAUUGGCUCUCCGUGAGUUACCAACCCAUUUGACUGUGGUUGUCGUGUUGUGCAAGUUUAGAAAAUAAUUUUCAUGUGUGCGAACGCAGUGAGUUAAAAUGAAAGGUAAAAUUCAGUCUACAGUGAGUGAUAGUAGAUUUAUAUCCAUUAUUAUCAGAUGGAUCUACUGA